CUCCGCUCUCUAGUUCCCUUCAGUCUCUAUUGACACCUUGGAGCUAAACCUUCUCUAUCCAAACCUUCUCCAGAGCUAAACCUUCUCUAUCCAAACCUUCUUAAGAGCUAAACCUUCUCUCUCCAAACCUUCUCCAGAGCUAAACCUUCUCUCUUCAAACCUUCUCCAGAGCUGAACCUUCUCUCUCCAAACCUUCUCUAGAGCUAAACCUUCUCUCUUUAAACCUUCUCCAGAGCUAACCCUUCUCCGGCUUUAAACCAGACAAUGAGGGAAAUAGUUCAUAUCCAGGCUGGCCAGUGUGGGAACCAGAUUGGAGCAAAAUUCUGGGAAAUUAUCUCAGACGAGCACGGAAUUGACCCAACGGGGUCUUAUCAUGGGACAUCUGACCUUCAGCUGGAGAGAGUUAAUGUGUACUACAACGAAGCUACUGGGGGUAAAUAUGUACCCAGGGCUGUUCUCGUUGAUUUGGAACCCGGAACUAUGGACAGUGUAAGAUCUGGUCCUUUCGGGGCCAUUUUCCGUCCUGACAACUAUGUGUUUGGGCAGAGCGGUGCAGGCAAUAACUGGGCUAAAGGGCACUACACUGAGGGAGCUGAGCUUGUUGACUCUGUCCUGGAUGUUGUAAGGAAGGAAGCUGAGUCAACUGAUUGUCUCCAGGGAUUCCAGUUGACCCACUCUCUGGGAGGAGGAACAGGUUCUGGGCUCGGAACACUCCUAAUCUCUAAAAUUAGAGAGGAGUACCCUGAUAGAAUCAUGAAUACCUAUUCUGUUGUCCCUUCUCCUAAGGUUUCUGAUACCGUGGUUGAACCGUAUAAUGCUACGUUAUCUGUUCACCAACUGGUGGAGAAUACAGAUGAAACGUACUGCAUUGACAAUGAGGCGUUGUAUGAUAUCUGCUUCAGGACUCUGAAGCUGACUACCCCAACCUACGGGGACUUGAACCACCUCGUCUCCCUUACCAUGUCCGGGGUCACCACAUGCCUCAGGUUCCCCGGUCAACUGAACGCUGACCUGCGGAAGCUGGCGGUGAACAUGGUCCCGUUUCCUCGUCUGCAUUUCUUUAUGCCCGGGUUUGCUCCCCUGACUGCCCGGGGCUCUCAGCAAUAUAGAGCCCUAUCUGUGCCCGAGCUGACCCAGCAGAUGUUUGAUGCUAAGAACAUGAUGGCAGCUUGCGAUCCAAGACAUGGGCGGUAUCUUACAGUCGCUGCCGUUUUCCGUGGUCGAAUGUCGAUGAAAGAGGUGGAUGAGCAAAUGUUAAACAUCCAGAACAAGAACAGCAGCUACUUCGUGGAAUGGAUCCCGAACAACGUGAAAACAGCUGUUUGUGAUAUCCCACCACGUGGGCUUAAAAUGGCGGCAACAUUCAUCGGAAACUCUACAGCGAUCCAAGAGCUGUUUAAGAGGAUCUCUGAGCAGUUUACCGCCAUGUUCAGGAGGAAGGCUUUCUUGCAUUGGUAUACAGGCGAGGGUAUGGAUGAGAUGGAGUUUACUGAAGCUGAAUCGAAUAUGAACGAUUUAGUAUCUGAAUACCAGCAAUACCAGGAGGCGACCAUCGAUGACGAAGAAUUUGAUCACGAGGAGGAGGCAGAAUAUGAGGGUUAAAUUUUCAACGAAUUUCUCGCCAAAUUUUUGAUAAUUUUUAAUCCGCGAAAAAAUUUUCCGUUUACCUAAAUUUGCACUUUUGCAUGGACAAACCAUGUCACUUUCUGAGAAAAAAUGUCCUGCUUUUCUAAUUUUCCAGCACAAAUAAUAUUAAUAAAUUAUUAUAUUGUAAUAAAUUAAUAAAGUAUAUUAUAAGCAGCAAGAAGUAAAAAGUUAAGACCUAUGCGCAAUUUGUUUAAAAGUGAAAUUAAUUAUAAAUAAAUA